AUUUAAUCAAAUGAUGAAAAGAUUUAAAAGUCGGUUUACGACCACAUAUGUAGUAUUUAUCUAACUUUAGUUUUACUUGAACGACAGUGGGGUUAGAAAGCAUGUUGAAACGGACCAUGGCAACGCAAGCCAAUCGGAUGUGAAGACUGCAAUUCAAUCCAAUGUGUAUUAACUGCAAAUCCAUGUGAAAUUAAAAACAGAUUUAAUAAAACUGGAUUAUACAUAUGCAGAUUAACCGUUAUGGGAUUAACACAUAAGUUAUUCAAUGUUUCGUGAAGUAAAGAAGUAUUGUUGAUUUUUUAAAGGAUUGAUAUUCAACUCAUAGGAGUUUUUAGAUGAGUGCAAUGUCAAGUCAAGUACAAAUAUCGCCGCCUUCGGCGACAAGGAGAUUGGUUAAAACCGCUCUUCACCAGGCCGUGCUAGACUGUAGACUGCAUCAGGUCCGGUUACUAGUAGCUAAACAUAAUUCAAACAUGGACAGUAAAGACUUAAAUGGGAGGACUCCAUUAAUGUUGGCAUGUAUGGUGGAUGAAGAAUACGGGUAUAGAAUGGCAAAGAUUUUGAUACAAGCUGGAGCAUUUCUGAACUUGCGAGACGUGUAUGGCCGAACGGCCUUGAGCUAUGCCUGUAUGAACGGUCGUCACUUGAUAGUACAGUGUUUAAUUAGAGAAGAUGUAAUAGACAUCAAUGAGGGAGACAAUGACGGUGAUACACCUCUACAUCAUGCUACAGCAAGCAAAAAUCCUAAAGUCGUCCAAGCUCUUACAGACUGCUUUGUCAAAUUUGGAUUAGAUAUUGAUACACGCAACAAUCUUGGCUAUACGGCAUUGUUGUUAGCUUGUAAAAAUGGACAUUAUGCGUCUGCGUAUCAAUUACUGGUAAAGGGCAGGGCUUGUCCGACACUUAGAGACAACGAAGUAUACUUAAAUGCUUCAGAUUGGGUUCAAAAGAGUGCAGAAAUAAAUAGAGGCUUUGAGCAUAGACGGUAUCCCGUCUCUGCGAGUGCUCCAACUUUAUCGGCUUUGUCUUUUUCCAGAGAAUCUACAAUGUAUUCCCAGCCUCUGGUUCCUCCUUGUCAACACGUGAAGCAUCUUGCUUUACCCGUGUCGUCACCUGUCCGAUUUGGGCACACGUUCAUGGCAUCAUUGAAUGACCGAUUGUCAGAUGAAGCAUUUAUUCAAGGUAGAGAUGCUCGUCGAAUGCUCAUGCGCGAAAUAGAAGAUUACGAAAUGGUGCAUCGACCACACUCUCUCAGAUCUCAUCGCGCAAAACGACUGCAUCCCUCAACGGCAAAAUUGUUGGCGCUUAAUAAAAGAAGCAAGUCCUUGGUUGUCCCAGACAUGACGACAUUAUUCAAAAUAUAUUGCGAUCAGUAUCAGCCAGAUUGGCGAAAAGAGAAAAGUAAGAAAUUUCCAUCAUCUUUUACUGUCAGUUCUAGUACCUCAACAGAAUUACCAACAAUUGAAACAUAACAAUAACCAUGGUAACAGGUGACAACAGUUUAAGUACAACUUUAAAGCGACAAUAGUCAUUUUCAACAUACACGUAAAGAAUACACCCAGAUUGAUUUUGUUUCUUUGUGUAUAAAGUGACCUGUAUGUUUAGAUGGAAAUGUCCUGGGUCAAUCACUGCUUAUAAUGAAGAACACGAUACAAACAUUUGCUUUUUACAGCGAAUAUAGAAUUACGAUUGUUUUCGUAUGAAAUAUGCUACAUUUCAAUCGAUGCUAUCUGUAUACAUUUCUAUUUUGCAUUUUAUUUGUUGCAAUUGUUUUCUAUAUUGAUAAAUUAAUCACAAAAGGCUUUGUUUGGUCGUGAUUACAGUUUAAAUACAUUUGCAUAUUGUUUUCAACUUUUUGGUGCUAAAGAGGCACGCUUAAAUUCCUCAUUAUCUUGAAAUUUAAAUCUUGAUAGAAGAUUUCAGAUAUUUUUGACUGAAAAUAAGCUUUUAUUGCAUUAUUUAAAAGGAAUUCACUUGAUAAAAUUCAGUCAAGAUUAAACCCAAACCACGACACUCGUCACUUGGAAACUGCUUUUCUAAAUUAUGCUGACAUCAACAACAAAAAAUUAAUUGCAAAGAUACUUAUUACCUGCCUGCGACUUUCACCUCAGAAUGCAAGAUUUAGGGAUUACAAUUAGUAGGCGGAUGCAGCAUUUACUAUUUGUAUACAGCCGGAGAGAAAAACACAUAAAGGCUUCAUACCAUAUUGCCUAUGUAACAAAGUUUCCUUCAGUCGUAUUGUUUUGACCUCAUUUACAUUCUUUAGCGACUGCUUAAAGAAUAUUUCGUUUUUUAUCAUAUGAAGUUCUUUCUUCCUAGUAUUUAAUUGAUAGGAUAACUAUAUUUGGGAUAUGGAUUCAAAGUUUACAUUUCUGUCGGACAGGGUUCACAUGAUCUCAACUUCAGUUCAUGGAUAAGUGAGCAAUGCUAAAGUUACGUGAUUAUGCCCCUUUUUCGAAUCCUAUAAAUAGUAGGUCAACUAUAUUUGAGACAUGAAAUGCUUGUAAGGUGUAUAUGCCUGUUUGGCAUCUUUCAUCCGAACUUGACAUCUUUUUCAUGGUUUAUAGGUCAAUAUUAAGUUUUUCAAGUUUAAUCUGUUUAUUAGAUACUUUGAGUAAUAGGUCAAUAUAAAAAAAGAAGAUGUGGUAUAAUUGCCAAUGAGACAAUUGUCCACAAGAGACCAAAAUGACACAGACGUUAACAACUAUAGGUUGACAUAUUUGAUGCAUGAAAUGAUUGUAAGGUGUACAUGUCUGUCAUACAUUAAAUGCCCAUGACCUCAUAUUCAUGGUCCAUUUGACAAUAUUAAGCUUUCAGGUUUUUGUUUGUUUCGUGUAUACUAUAAGCAUAUAGGCCAAUUUUUUAUGCAUAGUGUAGAGAACGAUUGUAAAUGGUGUACAUGUUCGUCUGGUAUGGUUUAUCUGACCUUGUCCCCAUUAUCAAGGAUUAUUGAUGAUGUUGAGUUUAGUCCAACUGUAUCUUCAAUACUAUCAACCAUAAAUCAAUUAUAGUCUGUAAAGCAGGCGACACUCUUGUAAUGUAGAGAUCUCUGUUUGGUUAAAAAAAAAAACAGCUAGUUUAGGAAAAAAACAGUAAGAAAGACAACAAAAGCACAAAAGGAAAAACUGUGUUAAUAUGAAAAAGAAGAUGUGUACCGGUAUGAUUGCCAAUGACACAACUGUCCACAAGAGACCAAAAAUGACAAAGGCUUUAACAACUAUAGGUCAUCGUACGGCCUUCAACAAUGAACAAAGCCCAUAUCGUAUAGUCAGCUUUAAAAGGCCCAAAUAUGACAAUGUAAAAAAAUUCGAACGAGAAAACUAACGGCCUUUUUUAUAUAAAAAAAAGGAACGAAAAGCAAAUAUUUAACACAUAAACGAACGACAACCACUGGAUUACAGGCUCAUGACUUGGGACAGGCACAUACAUAAAUAAUGUGGCGGGGUUUAACAUGUAAGUGGGAUCCAAACCCUCCCCUAACCUGGGACAGUGGUAUAACAGUACAACAUAAGAACGAACUAUAAAAAUCACUUGAAAAAGGCUUAACUCGUCAAUUGACAAACAUACCGAAAUGGCAGAAUGUUUAGCUACUCAAAGCAAGCUUAAAAAUUUACGUCAGCAAUUGCUGAUAUUACAUCCUUCAACCUAGUAGCAUACAAUAUUACAGUAUUUUAACGGAAUAAAUGGUUAAGAAUAUUUGUUCCAACAGGAUUAAUUAUAUAGUAUAGCAUUGCUUAUACCAAUUAA